AAGCUGAUGAGAUGAGGCUGCAGCGGCACCGAGGAGCGAAGGGCAAAACUCCACAGUUUUAGCCGUAAAUAUGAUCUCAUUCCUGGAUGUCUCCAUCUCUUCGAUCACGUUAACAUUAGUUUUUAUGAAUUUUUAUUUUUAAAUUCUUAUCAAUAUCGUGAUUUUAGUUUUUUUUUUUUUUAGUUUUUAUGGGGAGCAUGUUUUUAAUUUUGCGCGGAUUGCAGAGGUGCCAGAGGGAGUGAGUUUGGGCACUAUGCGCCGCUGGGAUCUGAUUUGCUCCAGGAAGGCUUAUGGAAUAUUAUAGCCCGGUUUUCCACAGCUUGCAUGCCUUCUGGUACAGCCCCGUGAAGAGGAAACUUCUCCUGCUCAGCAUCAUGUUUCUAGUCUGGGUUUACAUGCUCUACUCCUGCGUGGGCUACUGCUCCACCGUGCCCGGUCCGGUGAUGGUGGACACCCCCCGGGGCAAGGAGACCGCUCCAGCGACGGGCAGGAGGUCGGACCUGGUGUCCAGACUGCUGGCUAAGCCGCAGCCCUGGGAGGACGUGGAGAGCGACUACGAGGAGCCGUCCGUCAGGACCGCGGCGUCCAGAGACCUGCUGGACGCGGACAGGGACCGGGUUCCGGAUCCAAGCGCCAUGUCCAGCUUCUCCAACGGCUCCGGGAGCAAGAAGCUGCCCCAGGCGAUCAUCAUCGGGGUGAAGAAAGGAGGGACCCGGGCGCUGCUGGAGUUCCUGCGGGUGCACCCGGACAUCAGGGCCGUGGGCGCAGAGCCGCACUUCUUCGACCGCAACUACGAGAACGGACUGGAGUGGUACAGGGAUCUGAUGCCAAAAACCCUGGAGGGCCAGAUCACCAUGGAGAAAACACCCAGCUACUUCGUGACCAGAGAGGCUCCGGCGAGGAUAUCCGCCAUGUCCAGGGACACCAAACUGAUCGUGGUAGUGAGGGACCCUGUGACCAGAGCUAUCUCAGACUACACGCAGACUCUGUCUAAGAAGCCUGACAUCCCCUCCUUUGAGAGCCUCACCUUCAAAAACAGGACUACUGGGCUCAUUGACACCUCAUGGAGCGCGGUCCAGAUCGGCAUCUACGCCAAGCACCUGGACAACUGGCUGCAGUACUUCCCCAUGGACCAGAUCCUCUUUGUUAGCGGCGAGCGUCUGAUCAGCGACCCGGCCGGAGAGCUGGGCCGCGUGCAGGACUUCUUGGGCCUCAAGAGGAUCAUCACGGACAAACACUUUUACUUCAACCAGACCAAGGGGUUUCCGUGCCUCAAGAAGGCGGAGGGCAGCAGCAAGCCCCACUGCCUGGGAAAAACCAAAGGGAGAACCCAUCCGAACAUCGACCCCGAGGUGGUGCAGAGGCUACGGGACUUCUACAGGCCCUUUAACAUGAAGUUCUACCAGAUGACGGGACACAACUUUGGUUGGGAUUAAAGUCUGAGUCAAGAAAGACGUUCUUUUUAUGUCAUUGUUUUUUUUUUUUUUUCUACGUAAUUCAUUGGCAAAAAGUGGAGAUAUUGCUAUAUAUAUGUAAAAUGUACAGAAAUCUAUUUUAUAAUAAUUUAUUUUUAUUUCUAAGCAAUUAAUUCACUAAGCUGCCUAACCAGAUUUGUACAUAACAUCUGACCUACGUGUUGUUUUUUUAACAUUCCUCAUCUUAGGGUUGGAUUUCUGCGGCUCCACACCUGUAGUCCUGUAAAUUCCUGGCGCUGCACGAUGCGGUGUGAUCAGCGACAACUACAGUGGAAACUGUUUUAGAAUAACCAGAAGGGUAGAGAUGCACCAGUCAAUCUGCAAGAGUUUAGAAUUGGCCAAUUGACUCCCUUAAUUGGCUCAGAUCUGUGAUUGGCAGGUCAAAUGCUAAAAAAAAAAAAAAAAAAGCUAAUGUCUUUUUUUCCUAUACAUUAAAUAUGUCAACACUUAACAGCUCCCACUAUUUUGGAAAUCUGAAUCUAUCAACUAACCGCAUGUAUUUCGAUGCAUUUUUUUUUUUUUUUAGUUUAUUGAGAAUCAAAUAGAUAUUAGACAUAUGGUUUUAUGCAUGAGAGGGGAUCAGCUUAUAAUUCCGUCAUUGUCUGUUGGAUUUUAAACUGCUACCUCUAUCAAAGAAUGUGCAGCCAUUUUUCCCCGUUUGUGUGUUAAAGCCUUGAGAAGAAAAAACAGAUUCGGCUAAUAUCAGAAUCAGUAGGUCUGAUCUCGAUGAAUUUAACCAACAUCGGUGUCUGCCAGGAAAAGCCUGAUUGGUGCAUCUCUAUGGAAAAGCGCCAUAUUACGGGUACAGAGUGCUCACAGAGAAGUGGGGAGCACCUAUUUAUGUGCAUUUUUAGUUAUAGCUGUGUUAAUACUUCAUCCUAUCCCAAUGUGUUUCAGCUCAUUUAUACAAAUUCGGUUUCCAUGCACUGGCGUUGGCCCGGCCAGCAAAACUUGUGUUCUACUCCACCCAGUAACCGGUUGAUCAAUAGGCCUAAUUGAUACUCAUUGUGUCACUCGUGCUUAAAGUAUACUGCUGCCCUUUCAUUUCCAAUGCUCCUGCUGCCUGUUCCAAUGACUGACCCAUCCAUCAAACAGUAAAUCCCAUCUCGGACCGCAUGAGGGGCCCAUGUUAACAGUAUGCUAAUCGGGUAAAGGUAACUGAUGGAUCGAUCGGGCCCCCUUCACCGCUUUCCAACUCCUCCGUCGGCUCAGAGCCGAGCCCCUGCCCUAGACUUUAUGUGAUCAGAGGUCACGUUAAGUCUCAGUCAAAUUUCCUUGAGAGACAUUUGAUUUGUUGUGGAAAGCGAAGCAGGUCAGAGGGGGUGCGUCCUUUCUUUCUAUUGUGAGAUGGAAAAUCUUUGCGCGAGGUCACAGAUGCAUAUCUGCAAGCCAUCUAGUAUAAAGAUAAAAAAAAAAGAACGAGAAACACAAACGUCUCACUUAAACGCCACUUGUUUAGAUAGUAGAAGUCUACGAGGCCCCGUUUUUGAUUGCAGGCACACUAGUUAAAAGAAAGAAAAGAUUUUUUUUUUUUUGGUGAAGCACUCAUGUCACAACAGGAACAGUCUCGGGCGGAGUAUCGGUGUCAAACCUCUGGUGUCAUUACAAAGUCUCGUGUGCGUUCAUGCAUGGCCUACCUUUUCUUGCAAAAGCAUUCUUAUCAACCUUUUCCACAUCUAGUCAAACUGCAACACAAACCUUCGGAGUAUUUUACUGGGAUUCUAUGUGAUAGACCAAUUAGUGUUGAAGUGCAAAGAAGUCGAUACAUUAUAUUCAAAGGUAUUACAAAUAAAAAACCUUUGAUGUGCAUUUGCACUAACGGCCCCUGAGUUAAAACUUUGUAGAAUCCCCUUUUUUUUUUUUCCUGCAGUUGCAGCUACAAGUUAUUUGGGGAUAUGUCGCUACCAGCUGUGCACAUCUAGAGAAGGACAUGUUUGCCCACUCAUCGUUACAAAAUGACUCAAGCUCAGUUAGAUUGGAUGGGUGGAGAGCGUCAGAGAGUUUCCGAGCCACAGGUCCUCAGUUUGAUUAUGUCUGGACUUUUGCAGCCUCUUCCACGUUCCAGGAUUGCACUGAAUUUAGCUCCAUCCAUCCCUGAUAUAAAAAAAAAGCAUCCCCACAGCAUGAUGCUGCCACCAUCAUGUUUCAAUGUGGGAAUGGGCUGUUCAGGGUUGUGUACAGCCUUAUAUCUAAGCCGCAUAUACAGUAUAGCAUGUAGGUCAAAAAGAUCAGCCCUUAUCUGGUUAAAAUUGGUUGAAUACAAACACACUGUACACUUUUCAGAUAUUAUUUUUAAAAGAAAAAAAGUUAUGUAUAUAUAAUUUUUUUCUUCUUCACCUCACUUAUUCCCUACUGUAUCGGUCUCAGACAUAGGAUUCCUGUGAAAUAGGCUGACGUUUGUGUUUUUAAUUUGAAAAGUUGAAGAGGUAUAAAUGCUUUUGUAAGACACUAUAUAUAUUUAUAUAUAUUUUAUACCUCGUCAUCUGCACCUUUCACCAACACAUUUUACAUCUCAACUUGUUGCCAAAAAAAGCUUUAGAUUCACUGUUCCGUUCCACACAAUCUACUCACCAUCAGCAUUUUUUCUUCUCUAUUGCCUUUUAGUUUGAAUUUUUUGUCUUUCUACUUGAAUUCCUGAUAUGCAAGAUUGUGAAGGUGUUAGGAUAUCGAUCUUUGACAUGGUGCUCCUGCAGUUUUGGACGGGUAGUCAGGGUGGCGUUCAUGUUAUCGUUUGAUAUUCUGUGCGAAACUAUGCUAUGCAUGACCAGUGUAGUAGCCGUUUUGUAAAUGCAGGAAUUAUAGGAAAGGACUGGGCGGCAUCCAGAGGAAGGGUUUUAUGUGUUUACGUGGAGCUCAGGCUGAAUGUACACAAGCUAUGCUCAAAUUAACUUUAAAAAGGUAAUAUCACCCCUCGACAGCCCAGUUUGUCCGUCUUUAAAAAAAAAAAAUGGAAUUAGAAAAUAAUGUGCCUCUCUAACCAACACAAUUAGCCUGCUCCGUUCAUUCAAACAAAUGGUCACUAAACUGGUUAUUUGUCGGUUGGAACCAGUCACCUCAAACCAACGACUGGUAGCAGGGAGCAUUUGUUUUUCUCUUUUCCUCUGAAUGAGUGAUUGAUUAUGCUCCAAGGGAAAAUUAGCCUUCAUUGACCCCUUCAUUAGUGCAAUGUCUGAACAUUUAUUGAUGACUUCUCCUAUCCUAUCAAACCGUCCUGCUCUGGAACGAAAGCCAGACGUUUUCCUUAACGCUUAAAGGAGUACUACAAAUACAUUCUGGGGGAUAAAAAGCAUUGCAGUCGUAGGUGAUCUCCACUUUGCUGCAUUGGUUACGGUUGAGUUUUAUUCAACCUGUUUUGAGAUCUAAGACUGUUGAAAAAUGUUUUUUUUUUUUUAUCUGCAUAUGAUAUGAUUUAGUUCUGUAUGUACAAAAAAAGAGGGAAAAGACAUAAAAUUCAAGUAUUUUAUUGUAUGUACAUCUAAGGAAUUAAUUUCACACAAUGAAAGAGCAAAAUGGAACAGACGUUUCUAGAUGAAUCAAUAAUGAACGUUCAUAAUAUUUCUUUUUAUGAAGAAAUAAAGUAUAUAUUUUACCAAACUUUCA